UGAUAUGGUGCACUUGACUCUCAGCAGGAAGUAGUUUAGCGUUGCUGAUUCUUGCCAGCAUCACGCUGUACCAGUUGAGAGUGCACUUGCUUCUCUGGAAGUGGGAUAGGCUUACUUGUCUUCGAAGGGCGAUUUGAACGAGUUCAGACUUCACGUUGGUAGUGAUUAACCGGCAUGUGGAACAUCGCAUAGAAAAGAAGAUUUCUCACAAAGCCGGGUUUAGUUGCUUUUGUCCUUAUUUAGUAAGAGAAGUAAUUUUACCUUAUCUGCUCGGGGAUCCGCUGGUGAUUUCAAGAUGGUCUGCGGUGGCUUCACCUGCUCCAAGAACUCCCUCUGCGUCCUCAACAUACUCUAUAUAUUGGUGAGUUUGUUGCUGAUUGGAAUUGCAGCUUGGGGAAAAUUCUUUGGCCUGGUCUCCAGUCUUCAUGUCGUUGGUGGAGUAAUAGGAGUUGGAAUAUUCCUCUUUAUUGUAGCACUUGUUGGACUAAUUGGUGCCAUGAAACAUCACCAAGUGUUGCUGUUCUUUUAUAUGAUCAUUCUUUUUAUGGUGUUUGUGGUUCAGUUUUCAGUGUCUUGUGCUUGCCUGGCACUCAACAAAGAUCAGAUGGACCACCUAUUAGACGUUGGAUGGGAAAACUCUAAAACAACUCAACAAGAUGUAGAGAAAUCUUUAGAUUGCUGUGGCUAUAGCACCUUUAAUUCAACCCUGCCUUGCCCUGCUCCUUGCUAUGAGACUGGGCAAUGCCAAUCCUGUUCCUCAAAAAUUCAGAAACAUGCAGAGGUAACUUUGAGAUAUGCAGGAGGAGUUGGAUUGUUCUUCAGUUUCACUGAGAUUUUAGGAGUGUGGCUUACAUACAGAUACAGAAACCAGAAGGAUCCACGGUCAAACCCGAGUGCAUUUCUGUGAUUCGAAUUAUUAAAAAUCAUGAAUAUGAUACUGCACUAUACAAAUAGUCAUGGGGAGAUUUUUCUUUCAGUUUACAAUGUUCACUGUUAUUAACUAGGAUGGUACUUUCCAUUGCAUUUAAGUUGCAAUUAAGUAAGCAAAGUAUUUCUCAUUGAAGAAUCUUGACACCAUAACCUGUAGAAGUGCAGUUAUUGUGAAAUAUACUCACUUUAACUAAUAUUCUUAUUCACUAUGUUGUCUUGUUUUUUUGGUUCUAUUAUUCACUAGCAUUGGUGUUGUGAACACUAUAGAAAUCACUUCAAUUUCCAUAUUAAGUGUAUUAUUGAACUUUUUUUUUAAUGCCACUUCCUCCUAGCAUACUUGACAAAGUGUAACACACUAUAGGUAAAGAUAUAGUGAUUUGUUUGAUUGGUUUUCUAAGAACUCAUUUAGUUGAAUAUUUGAUGUAUUUAAGGUAUGAGUAGAAUUGUUUACACAUACCUCUGCAAAAAUAUCCAGUUGUGUACAAGUUGGAAUUAUUUCUAGCACAAAGCAUUUAUUUGUGGACAAAUGUAUAUUUGAUUGCUACAGAUUUAUCCAGUUUCUUUAUAUAAUUUAAUAUCUGUAUACAUUUAUUCAUACCACUAUAUCUGUUUAGAAAAGCAGCAACUAAAAUAUAAUACUUAAUAAUGGUGAAAAAAUACAAGAAUGGUAAUGGGGCUGUAAAGGCCUGCAUGCUGUUGAAUGUGUUACACUUUUUUUUUUCUCAACAUUUAAUGCAAAUGCGAACAAUACAUCAGGAAUCAUUACCUUAAAACAUUUUGUAAUUCCUUGAAGCAGCUAUCAAGUCAUUUGAUAAGGAUUGUUAGGUAAUUUUGUUUUUGAAUUUAUGCAUUAAUAAAAUUGUAAAAUUAAAAUAGUUUCUUUGUAUUAUAAAUCCUUCAGAUAAAUGCUUAUAUUCAGAGUUUUUGAAUGUUACUAGUCCAGUGACCUGGUUAAAUUGGAUGAAUGUGUUUGUAUAAAUUUAAGAAAUGCAGUGAUUUAAUGUGUAAAAUAAUGUAAAAUAUUAAAUAAUUGAUUCCGUUUUACACUUGAUGUUUUUUGUUCUGCCUACUCAGUAUUCUGUGAAUAUUUUUGAUCUGUGACUAAUGUUAUGUUGCACCAUUUUUAAUAUUUUGUUAUUAUAGUGUGCUUUACAUUUUUUGCUUGAAUAAUUGCAAAUGUUAAGACUUGUAAUUUUCAACUCACUCUGUAAGUGAUUAAAACAAAUCUCAAAUUUCAAUAAAUAAUUCCAGUAGAAUA